AGGCCUCCCAUGGAGAACUCGGUGGCCCCCUGCGUCCUCUACCCGGGGGACGACCGCCCACCGGGCGCGGCCGGGGGGGCGGGCGCCGCGUCCCCGGCGCAGACACCCUGCAGCCUCAGCGCGUCCCUGUGCUUCAGCUCCGGGGACGACUCCCCGCCGCGGUCUCGCGCCUCCGCGGCGGAGGACGCCGCGACCUCCCCGCCCCCGUGUCGCCAGCGGGGGGUGGGUCGGCAGUGGGAGGCGGGCGGCGCGGGCGCCGGGUCCCCGGAAGAGGCCGGGUGUCCUGAGGAGCGCGCAUUCCCGGAAGAGCCCGCGUCCCCGCAGGAGCGCGCGCGUCCCGGGGAGCCCGAGUGCUUGGAGGACCCCGCGGAGCCCGCGCCUGUGCCGCCCGGGGCGGCGGCCGCCUACGGGGAGCCCGACCUGGUCAUCGAGGUGUCGGGCCGCCGGCUCCGCGCGCACAAGGCGGUGCUGGCGGCGCGCAGCGACUUCUUCCGCGCGCGCGCGUCGCGGGACGUGCUGCGGGUGCAGGGCGUGAGCCUGGCGGCGCUGCGGCUGCUGCUGGCCGACGCGUACAGCGGGCGCAUGGCGGGCGUGCGGCCCGACAACGUGGCCGAGGUGGUGGCCGGCGCGCGCCGCCUGCAGCUGCCCGGCGCCGCGCAGCGCGCCACCGACGCCGUGGGCCCGCAGCUGAGCCUGGCCAACUGCUACGAGGUGCUGAGCGCGGCCAAGCGGCAGCGGCUGUCGGAGCUGCGCGACGCCGCGUACCGCUUCAUGAGCGACCACUACCUGGAGGUGCUGCGCGAGCCCGCCGUGUUCGGGCGCCUGUCGGGCGCCGAGCGCGACCUGCUGCUGCGCCGCCGCCUGCGCGCCGGCCGCGCCCGCCUGCUGGCCGCGGCGCUCGGGCCGUCGGGGGAGCGCGCCGGCAGCCGGCCGCAGAGCCCCUCGGGGGACACGGACGCGCGCGGCGACGCGGCCGUCUACUGCUACCACGCGGAGGCCGGCGAGUGGCGCGAGCUGACGCGGCUGCCCGAGGGCGCGCCGGCGCGGGGCUGCAGCCUGUGCGUGCUCUACAACUACCUCUUCGUGGCGGGCGGCGUGGCGCCCGCGGGCCCCGACGGCCGCGCGCGCCCGUCCGACCAGGUCUUCUGCUACAACCCGGCCACCGACCGCUGGAGCACCGUGCGGCCGCUGCGCCAGGCGCGCUCGCAGCUGCAGCUGCUGGCCCUGGACGGCCACCUGUACGCCGUGGGCGGCGAGUGCCUGCUCAGCGUGGAGCGCUACGACCCGCGCGCCGACCGCUGGGCCGCAGUGGCGCCGCUGCCCCGGGGCGCCUUCGCCGUGGCCCACGAGGCGGCCACGUGCAACGGCGAGAUCUACGUGUCCGGGGGCUCGCUCUUCUACCGCCUGCUCAAGUACGACCCGCGGCGCGACGAGUGGCAGGAGUGCCCGUGCAGCGCCAGCCGCGAGCGCUCGGCCGACAUGGUGGCCCUCGACGGCUUCAUCUACCGCUUCGACCUGUGCGGGGGCCGCGGCGACGCCCAGGCGGCGGCCGGGCCGGGCGGCGGCGUCCGGGUCUCGCGCUACCACUGCCUGGCCAAGCAGUGGAGCCAGGGCGCCGCGCUCCUGCGGCCGCCGGGCACCCCCGCGGGCCUGCAGCCCUUCCGCUGCGCCGCGCUGGACGGCACCAUCUACUGCGUGAGCCGCGCGGGCACCUGGCGCUUCGUGCCCGCCCAGGACGCGGAGCCCGGCGGCGAGGCGGGCCUGGGCGGCAGCUUCCAGCCCGAGGCCCCCGGGACCCCCGUGGACGCCCGCGCCGCGCUCUUCCCGUUCGUGCUCAACCUGCCGGAGAAGCCGGACAGAGGGGAGCAGGGCGCCGCGUAG